AAUAUUUUAUAAUUUCUGUUUACUAUGUACCUGUAGUUAAGUUAUUGCAACUUUUAUAAACUUACUUCAUCAGCAACAUUUUUUUAUGUUGCUGAUACCUAUGGACCCGACUUUGGACGCUCUUCAAAGUGAGGUGGAAUUUUAUCGGCAAAAUCAAACAGCAGUGGAACAAGAAAUCAGAACACUGAUAGCAGACAAUCAAAAGUUGUCCCAACAGGUUGGAGCGUUAUUAAAGGAAAAACUUGAGAAUGCCAAACAGCCACAGCCCCAGAAAUGUGAUCAGAACAAGGAACUAGAGGAGCUCAACAGACAAAUUUUGUUACUUACUAAGGAAAGAGACUCUUUACAUGUGUUGUGGCAAACUUCGCAGAAAACUAUUGACGCUUUAGAAACAGAAUUAAAAACGUAUCACAAUUAUGGCAAUAGAGGAGGACAGCACAUUAAUGAAGAAAAACGAGAAUUAAAAUUAAAACUAGAAACAGCAUUGACAGACUAUAUUGAAUUGGAAACAAAAUAUAAAGAAUUACAUAAAAAGCACAAUGAAUUAGAAAAUAACCUUAAUAUUAAAGAAAAAGAAAUAAACUAUUACAAAGAGAGAGGUAAACAAUUAGAAGAUAAAGUUGAUGAAAUAACUAAGACAUUGGACGAGUACAAAUUGAAUUGCGUAAUAGACAAAAAAUGUAAUGAGGACUUAAAAAAACAAUUAUCUUUAAGCCAAAAAGAAAACAAUGAAAAAAUAAAAAAGGAAAUAGAAGCUAAAGCAAAGGUAGCAGAAGCAUUACAACUUUUUGAUUUAGUGUCAGAGCAAAAGAAAGAAGCAUAUAAGAGAGUUAAAGAAAUUUCAGAACAAUUAAUCACAUUGAAACAGACUUUAGCCAAUGUUAGUUAUGAUAUAGAAUCAAAUUAUAAAAAGGAAUUAGAUGAUAUAAAAGAAAAAUAUAAUGAGAAAAUAGUAGAUAUGCUUGAACAUAUAAAAAAUCUAGAUGCUGAAAUAGUUGAAAAGGGAUUACUUCUCAACAAAACCUUAAGGGAAAACAAAAUACUACAAGCAGCAAAUGAAAAUUAUUUAAAACAACAAAAAGAAUGCGAUGAUACGGUAGAUCCCAAAUUGACACUGGCUGAGCAAAGACUGGAAGCAAUGUUUCAAGAACUGGUAACAUCUGAAAGGCGAAAUAUUCAACUGGUGUGUGAAAAACAGUGCUUGGCUAUAGAUAUACAAAGAGUCCAAGAUAUUCACACAAGAGAAAGAAAACGACGAGACUGGGAAGAGAGUCUUUUGAAGACCCAAUGUGAAGAAUUAAAAAUGCAAGUGGGCCACCUUCAAAAAUCGUUGGAUGAAACACAUGGAAUGAUAAAUAAAUUACAAAGUAUGCUAUCGUCAAGAACAGAAUUAAAUCAGAAAAUGGUAUCAACGAAAGAAGAAGAGUUGAUGGAAUUGAAUAAACAUCUGGAAAACCAAAUGGAACUAAGUAAAAAAUGGAAGGAGUCUUAUGUUGAAAUGACAGAAAAAAUGAAGAAGAAAUUAGAACAGUUGCAAAUAGAAAACAGUGAACUGAAAUCGAAAUUAUUAUUGCCCCAAUCAGAGUCACAAGACAAUGCUAGCACAUCUAGUUAAUAAGGAGAUGAUUUAAUUAAUUGUGCAAUAUAUACAAAUUGUAAUUAUAUAAAUAGUUAAUACUGUAAUAGAUUUAUUUACAACAUAUUUAUUUAAUUGG